CUAGUGUACUCCUUUAUUGUUAUUUGUUUUGUUGCUCUUACCUUUCUUAGCAGUGGUUCGUACAUACUGUUUUGUGUUUGUAGUCUCGUCUCUGCUUUGCUUUUUGGUGCUAUUGUGUGGGUGUAGUGGCGUGUGUUAGCAAUGUAGCUGUAAGGUCAUAUCCCGGGGUUGGGACAGGGGUAGGAGGGUCGCAGAGGGGUAGUGUAGUGUCCCAUGUGCGUUUCGGCUCAUGGAACAUAGGGACCCUCACAGGUAAGUCAAUUGAGUUGGUGCAAGUUCUCAAGAGGAGAAGGAUUCAGGUGGCGUGCGUGCAAGAAACCAGGUGGGUGGGCACUAAGGCGCGAGAGGUUGAUGGUUUCAAAUUAUGGUAUUCAGGUUCAGCUAGGGGAAGGAAUGGGGUCGGUAUUCUGGUGGCGCCAGAGCUGCGAGAGUAUGUGGUGGAGGUGAAGAGGAUUAGUGAUCGUCUGAUGUUUAUCAAGUUGGUUUUGGGUGGGUGUGCGAUCAAUGUCGUGAGUGCUUACGCCCCGCAGAAAGUCAUCAUUGGAGGCGACUUCAAUGGCCAUAUUGGAGAAUUGAAUGAGGGCUUCGAGGACGUGCACGGUGGCUUUGCCUUUGGCAGCAGGAACCCAGCGGGAGUUUCACUCUUGGAGUUUGCCCGGGCGAGUGAUAUGGUGGUUGCUAACUCGUGUUUCCCUAAACGUGACGACCAUUUGGCUACAUUUGUUAGUGGAGUGGGGAUGACACAGAUCGACUAUCUUCUCCUGCGCAGGUGUGAUCGGGUGCUCUGCAAGGAUGCUAAAGUAAUUCCGAGGGAAAACAUCACCACCCUACACAAGCUUCUGGUGAUGGAUGUCAGGAUUAGGUGGGUGAAACAUAGGAGAGUUUCGGGUGGCAACGCACACAUCCGGUGGAGGAGACUAAGUGGGGAGAAUAUCUCUGAGUUGGUCAGGCGAGUGCAGGAGAAAGGGGCGUGGGAAUCGGCCGGAGAGGCUGCUGAUAUGUGGGCACAGACUGCUAACUGCAUCAGGGAAGCUGCCAGGGAAGUGCUUGGUGUGAGCUCUGGCUCAGGGAGUAGGCGGCAGGGUGAUUGGUGGUGGAGCGAUUCAGUCCAGAGUAAGGUGGAAGCUAAGAAGGUGGCAUAUGUGAGGUACAUGGGCUGCAAUGUUGAGGAAGAAAGAGCGGCGUUACGAGUGGAGUACAAGAAGGCACGUAAAGAAGCUAAGUUAGAGGUUACAAGGGCAAAGAAUGCCGCUUUUGAAGGCCUCUACAAGGAUAUUGAGGAGAAAGGCGGUGUUAAUACACUGUUCCGGCUUGCUAAAGUGCGUGAGAGGAAGGCCCAAGAUCUGGACCACAUGCGUUGCGUGAAGGACAGUGAUGGUAGAGUGUUAGUUGAGACUGCCAAGGUGGCUAAGCGCUGGGGGGAGUACUUUUGUGAACUCUUAAAUGCGGGAGGAGAGCAGAGGCUAGUUCUUGAUGAGCUGGGGCAAUCCGGGGCGUCUCGUGUAUAUUGCCGGCGCAUUUGCCUGGAAGAGAAGCAUGCGGGUCGUGGUGCGUGGGUUUGGUUAACCAAACUCUUCAAUGUUAUCUUCCGGACAGCAAGGAUGCCAGAUGAGUGGAGGGAGAGUCUCUUGGUCCCCCUGUUUAAAGGCAAAGGUGACAUCCAAAGCUGCGAGAAUUUCAGAGGCAUCAAACUGCUUAGCCACACCAUGAAGGUUUGGGAGCGAGUCAUUGAGUAUAGGGUGCGGAAAGGGGUAUGCAUCUCUGAGAACCAGUUUGGUUUCAUGCCAGGCAGAUCAACUACAGAGGCCAUUCACCUCGUGAGGAGGUUAAUGGAAGAGUAUAGGGCUAGGAAGAAGGACCUUCAUAUGGUGUUCAUUGAUCUCGAGAAGGCGUAUGAUAGGGUGCCAAGGGAGGUCUUAUGGAGGUGCCUUGAGACGAGAGGAGUUCCCAUCGCGUACACUCGCGCGAUCAAGGAUAUGUACGAUGGGGCUAUGACUAGGGUAGGCAUGGCGCCGGUGGAAGAUAAAUUGCGGGAAGCGAGGUUGAGAUGGUUUGGUCAUGUGAGACGGCGGGAUGCUGACGCCCCUGUACGGAGAUGCGAGCGGAUUACGGUUUUCGGGGGAAGUAGGGGAAGGGGUAGACCUAAGAAGAAUUGGAAGGAAGUGAUUAGACAGGAUUUAGGACUUCUCACCCUGACUGAGGAUAUGGCUUUAGAUAGGAACCUUUGGAGAACUAGGAUUAGAGUAGCUGGUUAGGAACUCGGUGCUAUAGAGGUUGAGCCGGGGGUCUCUUGGAAACAGCCUCCCUGCUUCCAAGUAGGGG